CUGAAACCCAGAGCAAAAACAGAGUCCAAUUCCUGACCCAUCAGAAAAAGAAAAAAAAAAAAUGGCGGACACAGGUCUGAGCUCUUCAGGAUCGCCGCCGCCGCGGCAGCGAUCCACUCACGAAAUGGUCUAUUCGGGACUAGGGAACAUGAUCAGGAUGCUCCCCACGGGCACCGUGUUCAUGUUCCAGUUCCUCAACCCUGUCCUGUCCAACAACGGCAAAUGCCAGAGUAAUGUCAACAAGUACAUGGUCGGCGCCCUGCUGGCAGUCUGCGGCUUCAGUUGCUGCUUCACUUCCUUCACCGACAGUUAUGUCGACGCUGAUGGAAAGAUCCGCUACGGGAUCGCCACGUUUAGAGGGUUCUGGCCAGCGUCGGAUUCCGGCGGGAGAGAUUUUUCGGGUUACACGGUUGGGGUUGGGGAUUUCUUCCACGCUUUCUUGUCGAUGGUUGUUUUCGCGACUGUUUCUCUGCUGGAUGGGAAUACGGUUUCCUGCUUCUACCCGGCGUUUGAGUCGCAACAGAAAGUGUUGCUGAUGGCUCUGCCGCCGGUGAUUGGAAUGGUUUCGAGUGCGGUGUUUGCGGUCUUUCCGAACAAGCGGCGUGGUAUUGGGUACCCGCCGGGUAGCGAUGAUGAUGAUGAUAGCAAGACUUCCUGAGAGUGGAAAUAAGUGGUGUGUUCGUUUCUUUUGGAUGUUUGGUUGCUGUGAAAGUUAGCAUGAUUGGAUUGGAGGAAAAAGAGGGGGAAAAAAAAAAAAAAAAAGAGGGAAGAGCUUUUCUUAUUGUGAAUGUGUGAGAUUGUGGCGAUGUAAGUUGAAUAUACGAUUUUCAUGUGUUGUAUAAUUUGAUUGUUGAUUCUGUAAAUGGAAAUGGCAUAAUAUACACUCUAUUAUAUG